ACGUACAACAUCUUCUCCUGGCCUUUCAAAACCCUACCAUCGCGACCAUUGUCCUCAUGCAUUAAGAAAAAGGAUGCCAGCCCUUGUGUUUCAGUGGAAUGAUGUAGGAUUUAAUGACAACCCGGCUGUGGCGAACUGCCGAAAUGGAGUUGCAGAUCAAACGAAAAUGGCUUUCAUUGCAACUCUCGUGACAAAUGGUACUGUCAAUUGGAAUAACACCGUUUUCACAUUUCAAAAUGGCACAGCCAUUGGUGCAUGGGUACGAACAAUUCCUCCGGCCUACUAUCAGAUGAUUGCUUCUGACAUCUGUCAUUCUGUUAUCAGAAUCACAAAGAUAAAUCGUCAAAUAGAUAUUGAAGAUUUCGGUCGUAUUCUCGACAGAUAA